AUGGCUUUCGCUGUCUCGGUUCAGUCACAUUUCGCCAUCAAACCUUUACAACGAAACCAGUUCAAGAACUCUAGUCCUCGUACCUUCUCCAGCUCGUGCUUUAAAUCCAGGCCUCACUCAUCUUACCUCCGUUCCAAGGAACUUACUUUACUGGUUCCCAAUCCGGGAUUAGUCCCUAGACACAGACAAAAAUUCCAGGUCAGAAUUGGGGCGGGAGGAGAGUUCGCCGACGGUGGAGAAGUAGCCGAUUCGCUUGCUUCCGAUGCACCUGAGUCAUUCUCUUGGUCUUCUGUGAUUCUACCGUUUGUAUUCCCGGCUUUGGGAGGGCUAUUGUUCGGGUAUGAUAUUGGGGCAACCUCUGGUGCUACUCUCUCACUUCAGUCACCUGCGCUCAGCGGAACUACAUGGUUUAACUUCUCACCUGUUCAGCUAGGACUUGUGGUUAGUGGAUCCUUAUAUGGAGCUCUUCUUGGUUCAACUCUUGUCUAUGGGAUUGCUGAUUUCCUUGGAAGAAGGAGGGAACUUAUUAUAGCUGCUGUUCUCUAUCUCCUCGGGUCUCUGACUACUGGAUUUGCCCCCGAUCUUAAUGUUCUCUUAGUUGGAAGGCUUCUCUAUGGCUUGGGUAUUGGUUUGGCAAUGCAUGGAGCUCCCCUCUAUAUUGCUGAGACAUGCCCAUCUCAAAUCCGUGGAACUCUAAUAUCUCUCAAGGAACUCUUCAUUGUAUUGGGAAUUCUGUUGGGUUUCUCUGUUGGAAGCUUCCAGAUUGAUGUAGUUGGAGGGUGGCGAUACAUGUAUGGAUUCGGCGCGCCUGUUGCUUUGCUGAUGGGACUAGGCAUGUGGAGUCUCCCUGCAUCUCCUCGCUGGUUGCUUCUUAGAGCCGUCCAAGGCAAAGGCGCUUUACAAGAGUACAAAGAGAAGGCCAUGCUUGCCCUCAGCAAGUUACGUGGCAGACCUCCGGGUGAUAAAAUGUCGGAGAAGUUAAUAGAUGACGCCUUGUUAUCCGUGAAAACGGCUUAUGAAGAUGAGAAAUCAGGUGGAAACUUCUUGGAAGUAUUCCAAGGGCCUAAUUUGAAAGCUUUGACAAUUGGUGGAGGUUUAGUCCUUUUCCAGCAGAUAACUGGACAACCAAGUGUUCUUUACUAUGCGGGUUCGAUCCUUCAGACUGCUGGAUUCUCUGCUGCUGCUGAUGCAACUCGAGUCUCUGUUAUCAUUGGUGUUUUUAAGUUGCUGAUGACAUGGGUGGCUGUUGCGAAAGUUGAUGAUCUCGGCAGACGACCCUUACUCAUUGGAGGCGUCAGUGGCAUUGCGUUGUCUUUAUUUCUACUGUCAGCAUACUACAAGUUUCUCGGAGGCUUUCCCCUUGUCGCUGUUGGUGCAUUGCUUCUCUAUGUUGGUUGCUACCAGAUAUCAUUCGGACCAAUCAGCUGGCUAAUGGUGUCGGAGAUUUUCCCGCUUCGCACAAGAGGGAGAGGGAUCAGUCUUGCAGUUCUUACAAACUUUGGCUCCAAUGCUCUUGUUACCUUUGCGUUUUCACCUUUAAAGGAAUAUCUUGGAGCAGAGAAUCUUUUCCUUCUCUUUGGAGCCAUAGCACUGGUAUCACUGUUGUUUGUAGUACUAGUAGUUCCAGAGACCAAGGGUCUUAGUUUGGAAGAAAUUGAAUCAAAAAUCUUGAAGUGA